AUGAUAUUCCUCAUACUCCUCAAAAAGGGUGAGACUGAUCCAAAAGUGGCAAAGGCUUUUUCAGAACUUCGACAGACAGAAGCUUUGUCUAAAGAAAUCAACAACGAACUUCUUGAGUCAUUGCCUGCUGCAUACGAUAAUCGAACUUUCUGUGUGAACACCCUCCAGACACUUUUCAACACUCAUAAUAUUUAUCAAUCGGAAUGCAGCAAGUUGAACAUACAAAUCGUUUCACUUGAUAGUCUUGGAGAAUCUAUCAACACAUCGCGAGUUCCGCGACCAGAACCUCGUCCAGAUACGCCGACUGAUAGCGUCGCGGACGUAAGACUUUCAAAGAUAAGUUCGCACCGUUCCACGCCCUCUCCUGUCCCCGCUCCUCCUCCGGCAACGCCAGCUUCUUUGGCAGAUUCCGCUGCAAACCAACCAAAUGCGUCUUCUGGUGGCAAUCCAUUUGAAGAAGGUAAUGUGGAGGAAGUUUUCGAGAAUAAGAUCUAUCCGGUAUGUUGGUUAAUCUUAAUCUGA